AUGUCGACCCACGGCUGCGAAUUGCCGGUAGGGGUAGGGGAAGACCAGGAGUCAACGGCCAUGAGAGCUGAGUGUGGUCUGGGGCUGGAGGAUCUAUUGGAGCGAUUGAAGAGAGAAGAGGUUCCUACUGUGGCUUUGUCGAUGGUUUUGAGGCCGCCGAACCCCACAGUGGGUGAUGGCCGACCUCUUAUUCUUGAGGGCCUCGGCAAGGAGAAACUCCCGCGGGUGUUCGUCAGUGUCGACAUGAGGAUUAUCCGACCGAGCGUUGAGGAGGUCGGCUCUGAUGAGCUCACAAGAUUCGGCGAUCGGACUGUCGUACACCAUGUUAGGGAUGGCUUCAUCAGGUUUGCGGACUCAAUGAAGCAUAUCAGCUGGGUAGUUGGUCUUGGCAAGGCUACUGUGCUGAGGGAAGAGAUUGUGUCUUUGAGUGAACGCAAGAGGAGAGAGGAGGUCGACAUGGAGAUGGACGCCGAGGGGCUGCGCAAAAUUUGGGAGAAGUGCCCCCUGUCGCGAUAA